UUUACGCACUGCGUGUUGAACUACAUUGUCCUCCAACGUGUUUCAUCAUUGAUCAUGGCUAGCUGGUGUGUACGUGCUGUAAGACAAAGCUACAACAUUGUAGCAUCUCCUGCUUUUGUCAGGGCGACUCCGCGGCUACUAUGCACAGCAGCCCAGCAAAAGACCCCUGGCUCUGCCUCGGAGGAGGAGAAGGCAGCAGAGCCCAGCGCGGCAGAGAAGGCCCUGACUGAGGAAAAGGCACAACUGGAGACACAAGUCAAAGAUCUCACAGACAAAUACAAGCGGGCGCUGGCAGACACAGAGAACCUUAGACAGAGGAGUCAGAAGAUGAUCGAGGACGCAAAGCUGUUUGGAAUUCAGGGCUUCUGCAAGGACCUGCUGGAGGUGGCGGAUAUCUUGGAGAAGGCCACAGAAUGCGUCCCCAAGGACGAGGUGACGCCACAGAACCCCCACCUGAAGAACCUGUACGACGGCCUGGUCAUGACCGAGGGCCAGAUGCAGAAGGUCUUCACCAAGCACGGCCUGGUCAAGCUCAACCCCGACGGCCAGAAAUUCGACCCCUAUGAGCACGAAGCUCUUUUCCAAGCGCCCGUGCCUGGUAAGGAGCCAGGAACCGUGGCGGCGGUGACCAAGGUCGGCUACAAACUGCACGGACGCACCCUCCGGCCAGCUCUGGUGGGCGUGGUGAAGGCCCCCUAGGGCCUCUGCCAUGGCCGGAUUGGCUUGGUGACAUCCUGUGACCUGGGCAACGGAUUUAAUUUUUACGCUUGGCAGACACCCCCCUCUGGUGGAGUCUCUGAGAGGGGUGACGAAAAUAUUUAAAUACACAGGAUUGAACUGACUGGAAAUCUCUGGACCUCAAGUUUUAAGCUUUCGUUGAAAAAUGAGCAGUGAGGGGAACAAGCACUUCAUGUCUGCAUAGAAUCAGGGUGAUAGUCAGGGUCAACUUACCGCACAUUUGUCCUGCUGUCACCAAACUGUAGUCACAAUAGACAUGUGAUUUACUCCAGUGGUCACACAUUGCUACUACAACUUUACUCAAUAAUGCUCAAUAAUGAGGUAUUUUCAGUCCCCGCUCUCUUAGUAUCCAUCAUCAAGAUCUACUGUCUUGGAAGAACAUCCUGCAACUGAGUUGAACCUUGUAUAAACAUCACAUUAACAUUUAAAUCCAGAGAUGGCAAAGCGGUGUACCACAACAUAUUAUGAUUUCAUCAAACAUGGUGAUUAUUUGGGUUGAACUGUACCUUGUGACGUUCCCAGUCUUCAACUGACAUUUCAGAGAUAUUACAGGUCAUCUUUUUUUUUUUUGAAGCAGGCUCAAAAAUGUUGCUGAUGGCGCCGCAUCAUUUUGAGCUGUGUUAAAUGAAAGGUUUUGUUGUCCCAGACUGCACUGGGUUUAUAUGGUGGGCUGGUGGAUGUUCCAAGAAGGUGGUGAAGGUAACCUACGGAAAGUGGUGAAUCUGCUAGGAGAUAUCCUGCAGGCAUAAUUUAUUUAAGGAAAUGGGGGCUAGUAAUUAGCUGAUUUCCCAAUACUUCCAACUUGACCUGGUUUGUUACUAAAACACACCUUCUUGAAACAACAUUUAGGUGGCAUCUUGUUUCAGAGUAUGUUGAAUGUGUUAAGACAUUUUUCAUUAUAAAAAAGAAACUUUUUUGAUGCAGAAGUGUUAAGAGAAUUGGUUAUUGACUGUUGUUUUUUCUGUCAAUUCAGAAUUCCUAUGAUUAUGUUGAAAAUGCAGGUGCCAUUGGUCCAACUUGUUUUAAAUGUUAAUGAAGAAAACUUGUCAGAUUACCACAGCUGAUUCGGCCAUAAAACCUGCAUUGAGGUACCAACGCAGAACAAAUUUAUUUAGUCUAUACAUAAAACUGAUGUUUUUGAAUACAAUUUGGCUACAUUCCAACAGAUGUUAAGACCUCAAUGGCAAAUUGUUCAUUUAAUAUGCCUUCUCAACCCUGGACACUGCCACGACACCGCCCUUUCCAUAAGUAUUGUCAUUAUAAUCAAAGUGCCCCAACUUUUUUAUUGAUUUACUCUUUUUGUUCUUUUGUUGAUCUGUAAAACUACACAUGACCUCAUGAGAAGUGAAUUGUGUUGGCUGUUCCUUCCAUGGCUUGUAAUGAUGAUGAAC